AUGGACGCGACUGCGCUGCGCGAAUUAGAGGAUGCUCUUAUUAAUAGCGAUAUCGAGCCCUUCAAACACUUGUACGAGCAGUUCCCCCAGCAUCGGGACGAUGAAGGACGAACAUUGCUGCACUUGGCGAUUCUGCAUAACCUAUUCGACGCAGUAGAGGGUGACAUCGCCUCGACCAUUGUGGAUGCCCGUGACAAGAACGGACGGACCCCGUUAAUGGAGGCAGCAGAGAGAGGAUACAGUCUCAUUUGUGAAGAAUUGCUGGCCAACGGGGCAUCAACAUCUACUGUGGCCUUGGAUGGGAGUACGGCGUUGACGAUUGCACUUCAAAGUGGCCGUUUGCUUGUGUGUCAAGUUUUGGUGGCAGCUGACCCGGACCAAGCAGUGCACCGACUGAUGCUGGCAAUCAACAUGGACAAACGAGAUGAAGUGGUGCUGCUUGUGAAGGCGGGUGCGUCACUCGAUAUUACGAGAAUGGCUGGGGGAGAAGAGAGAAAUCCACUGAGGGAAGCUAUUACACAUCCGUUGAUUCUUCGAGAACUGCUUCGGUUUGGGGCACCUGUGAAUGCAAAGAACAAAGCAGGAGCCACGGCUCUCACCUUUGCUGCUGCAGCUGGGCAUCUGAAAGCGUGUGAAAUCUUGCUGGAUAUCGGAGCGUCACUCAACUCCAAGGACAAUGAAGGCCGAACUCCAAUGUAUCAUGCCUGUUGUCAUGAAAGAGAGAGUACAAUCGCUCACUUCGUCCAGCAGCUUGGUGUCUCUGUUGACACAAUGAACAAUAAAGGUCGGACUCCCUUGUUUUAUCAUGCCGAGCGUGGUAACGUGCUGGGGUGCGAACUACUACUUCGGUACCAUGCCAACGCUAAUCACAAAGAUAUGUCUGCGUCGACUGCUCUUCACCUGGCUGCCAGCUAUGGACACAAGGAAGUGUGUCGGCUUCUCUUGGGCUAUGUAAACCCAACGGAUAUGGAGCGAGAUGACCAGCAAAUGGUGCUAUGCCAACCCACAUCUUCUAUAGGAAGCUGGAUCUCGGUGACGGAGACAUGCUUAAUGCGGAUUUACGCGAAGCUUAUGUCGUCUGGAGUGCAAGCAACUCUGCAAAAGUACGGGACGUUGAGGAUACGAGAUUGCAGCAUGAAUACUUUGCUCCACGUUGCAGCUUCCAGUGCCGGAGACAAACACUGCUACUACAUUAUCCGAUGCCUUCACUUGGUCGGAAAUGUUGCCAUCAACACUCAGAACUGCUUCUGUGAGACUCCACUUGACGUUGCGGCAGAUCGGCAGUGCUCAAUGGCGUCGUCUGCACUGCAAUCACUUGGAGCAGUGCAGAUAUCCAGCGACAGCGAGAUAUUCCCCAGUGUGAUCCAACUAGCAGCCCCACGAAUGGGUCCCAUGUUUCGCACAGUGGUGGGUUCGUCCAAGGAUUUUUCUUCGUGCUCGCGCGACCAUAUUGUCCAGUUAUGCCGGGGCAUUCAAGAUGGUAUCUACUCAUUCACUGACGAUACCAUCGCUCAAGUGGACACCGAAAGAGGAGACACCGUUUUGCACUUUUUUCUUCAAAGUUUCGUCCAGCGCGCCUCGUUCCCGUCUGUAGAAGAGCAACGCGAUACUCUCAGCUCGUCCACGUGGCUCGGGACGACGAAAGCACCUCGGUAUUUACGUGUUGUGAUAGCCAAACCAAAUUGGGAGGGUAAAACGCCUUUGCAUUUGGCCGCAGAAGUGGGAGCCUUGGGGUUUUGCGAAGUUUUGAUUGAGAUGGGAGCAUCGGUGAAAGAAGAGUGUCAAGCACCAGACAACCGUCUACUUGACCAGCCAACAGAGAAUCCUCAAUUCUGGAAACCCAUCAACUUCGCCGCGACAGUAAAAGCGUCGAUUGACGAGGCUCAGGCAUCGUAUGAAGAGCGCAGUGCACUGGUGGAAUAUUUGUUAAAGGAGCCCGAGUCACUACCCGAUGACGAGAACGCGGCUCAUGACUGCAAGGAGAAGAUCCAGAUGCACUUCCCACUUCUCCUCCCUCUGUUUAUCCGCGUCGAGGAUGAAAUGAAGCACAAGGAGGACUAUGCGGAAGCUGAAGAGCUAUACUACAAGUUCCUAGACGACUGUUACCCUCGUUUUCAAGACUCGACGGUAUAUGAGAACGACCCAAGCGGUAUUGCUGUGCACAACGUCUUUCUAAACACAAUCAGAUUCGGUAUCAAGACGCUCAAGAAGGUCAUUGCACCACAGUUCGUGAUCGAGUCAACGGGAGACACAUUACUCCAUCUUAUUGCGGCCCACGGACACCCCGAGUUCGCCGCCAUGAUCAAGUUUUUAGUUGACGAGGCCCAACUUGACAUCAGCAAAACGAACAAGCAAUUGAAGACUGCGCUGCAUGUCGCGGUUGAGCACAACAUGCCAGAUAUUUGCCUGUUUCUGAUCUCACAAGGUGCCGACGUGACAGCUUCCUGCCAGAAUCUCGAGACUCCGUCCAAAGAAGUAUGGCUGACACCUUUGUACACUGCCUUGUGGUCCGCUACACCCAAGUACGAGAUCAUUGAGAUCCUGCUCAGCACUCCGCAGUCCAUAGCCAAACCACGCAACCCCAAGCUCAAUCGCUCCGUACGAUACGAACCUGGUCAAGGACCAGACACCAAGUGGAAUGGCGUCGUCCUUGAAAAACUACUGGAAGUCCAUGCAUCAGCUUUACCACUCUUUUUGGACCACUACGCAGUCGAAGUGAAUCGAAUCAACGGCGAGAAAGUGUACCGAUUCAUCGAGGUUUUCGAGAUCUGUGACCAUUUAGAGCAGAUUGUGAACCCUACAGGAACUUUAACGCCCAGUCUUUCAUCGAAAAAGACAAUCAAGAACUCUGCAGUGACCCAUCCAGUCGUCCGGAACGCAAUCCACUUGAAAUGGGAGCUUUUCGGUGCUCACGCACACCGCAAACAGCUCUCUCUGUACGUGCUGAUGGUCACGUUCUUCUACCUGUCCAACCUUUUGUUGCCAAAGAUGGAAAUUGUCAUGGAUGAAGACGGCAAGAAGCGGGAAGCGAUGCACAAAUGGAUCGAGUUCGACUCAGUCGUCGACUAUUUCGUGGGUAUCACGAAGGUUUGCUGUUGGGCGUUGGCUGUCUACCAUCUUCUGUACGUCGAGUUCUUCAAAGAGUGGCGUUCCAACCCAAAGCAGUACUGGAGAUCAGUAUGGAACGUCCUGGAUGUGUUCACGUACUUGCUGAUGCUCGCCACGAUCCCGUUUGAAGUUUAUUCCGGCCACGACACCCAACGCGAGUGUAUGUUGAGUCUGCUAAGUAUCUUACUAUGUGUGAACCUGAUGCAGGCGUUGCUGGUAUCGUCGUACUUCAGUGUACUCAUUUUCACGUUCGCACGGAUGUUCAAGGUGGUCGCGCGGUUCCUGUUUCAGUAUUUAUUGCUGCUCUUGGGCUUCUCCGGUGGAUUCUUUCUGCUUUAUCAUGGAGCAGGUCCUUAUACGGACUUCUUCAGUGCCAUGCGGAUCGUGUUCCUCACUACAUUUGGCGAGCUGAAUUACGGGGACAACUACAGCUUCGACGAUAGUCUUCGCGCACGGAAUUAUUUGGCGUUCCUGUUGUUAACAACGUACGUGAUCGUGGUGAUCGUGGUCGCUAUGAACCUCUUGAUUGCAUUGAUGACGUCCGAGUACGAGAAGGUUCGUGCUCAAGCGAAGGAGCUGUCAUUACUGGAGCUUGCCGGUGCAUUGCAUCGUUACGAGCAGUGGAUCGGAUACAGCGUCGUUCGGAAGCUCUAUUCGACCCCCAAAGGUCAGGAACUUAUUGAAAGCUGCGUCUCGCACGUUCCAGGAGCGACGCAGCGCGUCUUCCGUCGCGACUUGACGUCGUCCGUGUCGUCAUCAUUCUCCGAGACGACAGCCAAAGCGUAUGAUGUCCAGGGCACUCAACGCAGCAAGAUUGACGCUAUGCACUUCUCACUUAUUAGCAAAGGCAAUGCCGUGGACAGUAUGGAAAUGGCUAGUAUCACUGAGGCUAUCACGACGCAAGUCAUGAAACACGUACACGACGAAGUGGAGGCGCUGCGGAUGCAGAUGACGACGGAACUCCAGGACGUACGUGAGCUGCUGGAGACGGCGCAUAAAGGAAAUACUCAAGCUCAGAAAGACGUGGUCACUAAGCUCACUGACGUGCUGAAGUUGCUGGCAAAGGAUGAGAAGGCAUCACCAUGA